CUCAACAAGGAGAUCAGCAGCCGACUUGUGCAUCAGACCUGGUGCUGUGAGCAUCUCUUACUCCACUCUCUGCUCCGAAAUGUCUGCAACGGGCUUAGUGUUGGCAAGAGGAGGCAGCAAGGGUAUUAAAAACAAGAACAUUGUCCUUCUCAAUAGUCGACCGUUGUUGCUGAGAUGCCUUCAAGUUAUGCAUGAGGCAGGCUGUUUUAGCAGCAUAUGGGUUAGCACAGAUGAUGAGAAAAUUGCAGAGUGCGCAAAGAACGGCGGGGCUAAAGUACACCAUAGAGCAAAAUACACAGCAGUUGAUGAAGCGUCAUCAUUAUGUGCUGUACAAGAAUUCCUUCAGCAUCACACAGAGAUCAGCAUUGUUUGUGUUGUUCAGUGUACAUCACCAUUUUUACAAGCAAGAUAUCUCCAUAAAGGAAUGGAAAAAAUACAGAGUGGCUAUGACUCUGUUUUCUCAGUAACACGCAGACAUCUCUUACGAUGGUCUGAAGGGGAGCUAACUUAUCCUCAGAACUUUAAUCCAAGACAUCGGCCACAGCGACAGGACUGGGUUGGUGAAUUGUACGAAAAUGGCAUGUUUUACUUCUGUAAAGUGAAUCUUGUUCAUCAGGGUCUUCUUCAAGGUGGAAGGUGUGGCUACAUAGAAGUGCCUCUGUGUGAGAGCUUGGAUAUUGACUCUCCAUUUGACAUCAUAGUUGCUCAGACAUGGAUCAACUACUGUCAACAAGAAGAAAGACAGCACAGUCUCUAACUGUGACACAGUUUAGAAGAGUUACUUACCAACUGUAAUUUAGAAAUUAUCCAGUUAUAUAAUUUUUUUUUUAACACACUGGCCGAUUCCCACCAAGGCAGGGUAGCCCGAAAAAGAAAAACUUUCACCAUCAUUCACUCCAUCACUGUCUUGCCAGAAGGGUGCUUUACACUACAGUUAGCUAUGAUUUAAACUGCAACAUUAACAUCCCUCCUUCAGAGUGCAGGCACUGUACUUCCCAUCUCCAGGACUUAAGUCUGGCCUGCCGGUUUCCCUGAAUCCCUUCAUAAAUGUUACUUUGCUCACACUCCAACAGCACGUCAAGUAUUAAAAACCAUUUGUCUCCAUUCACUCCUAUCAAACCGCUCACGCAUGCCCGCUGGAAGUCCAAGCCCCUCGCACACAAAACCUCUUUUACCCCCUCCCUCCAACCUUUCCUAGGCCUAUAUAUGAUACAUAUAUAUAUACGAUACAUAUAUAUAUAUGAUACAUAUGAUACAUAUAUGUGAUACAUAUUGGCAGUUUGGAGGGAUAUGUUGUGUAUCUUUAUAUGUGUAUGCUUCUAAACUGUUGUAUUCUGAGCACCUCUGCACAAACAGUGAUAAUGUGUGAGUGUGGUGAAAAUGUUGAAUGAUGAUGAAAGUAUUUUCUUUUUGGGGAUUUUCUUUCUUUUUUGGGUCACCCUGCCUCAGUGGGAGACGGCCGACUUGUUGAAAAAAAAAAAAAAUAUAUGAUACAUAUAUAUGAUACAUUUCAUAGGCUGUUAUUAACCACUCUGUAUUUGUUAAGAAAUUAAUGUUGAAUAUAAAUUCUGUAUAUUGAAUAAUUAUGAAUUCCCUAAAAAGAGGGGGUACUUUUAGUGCACAAAUAACCAGCACAGAAUAAAACUUAUGACGAUUUUUCUUAUAGUUAACAGAUUUUUUCUUCUUCCAAGCACAACUGUUGGCAACAAUGUUGGUCCAAUAUGCCUCAUAACAAAUUACAUUCUAUCAAGCCAAGCUUAGGUUUCUGGCCUUUUUGUCAUCAAUGCCGAAGUUGGGAGACAGCGCUCUCCUGUCUUCGCAUCGGACACACCCAUCUCGCCUGUUCCACUCUAUGAGAUUUGUCUGGUUCCAAUUUCACUUUCUCAUAUUCAAUCAAUGAACAUGCAAAAUUUUCCUCUGAUGUUGUAAGCUCUCUAACGCUCUUACUUUAUCUUCCUUGCUGACGGCCCCACCUUUAACACAGACUCCCUCUUUGACGUUUUGACUGCAGCUGAUUUAUUACACAAUCUUUGAUAAUACUCCCUUUAGCACUUCUCACAGUGCUUCCUAACUCUUCUACUGUUGCGCUCUCCACCUUUGCUUAUACAGUGGACCCCCGAGUUUUAUGAUUAAUCCGUUCCAGAGAGCCCGCCGAAGGUUGAAAUUCACGAAACUCGAAACCAUUUUCCCCAUAAGAAAUAAUGGAAAUAAAAUUAAUCCAUUCCAGACACCCAAAAAUAUUAAAAUAAAAUAUUUUUUUCAAAUUAAAUAAAGAUUUACAUAAUGAAAACAAUCAGAAAUCAAGUACUUACAUUUAAAAAAAUAAUAAUAACAUUACACUUACCUUUGCUGAAGACUUCUGCAUGGAGGAAGGUGUACACUAUGUUUUGGAAGGAGAAUCUCCUUCUAUCUAGGCUGGAAUAUUGCUGCACACUAACAGCACCUUUCAAGGCAGGUGAAAUUGCUGACCUAGAAAAUGUACAGAGAACCUUCACGGCGCGCAUAACGGAGAUAAAACACCUCAAUUACUGGGAGCGCUUGAGGUUCCUGAACCUGUAUUCCCUGGAACGCAGGCGGGAGAGAUACAUGAUUAUAUACACCUGGAAAAUCCUAGAGGGACUAGUACCGAACUUGCACACGAAAAUCACUCACUACGAAAGCAAAAGACUUGGCAGACGAUGCAACAUCCCCCCAAUGAAAAGCAGGGGUGUCACUAGCACGUUAAGAGACCAUACAAUAAGUGUCAGGGGCCCGAGACUGUUCAACUGCCUCCCAGCAUACAUAAGGGGGAUUACCAACAGACCCCUGGCAGUCUUCAAGCUGGCACUGGACAAGCACCUAAAGUCGGUUCCUGACCAGCCGAGCUGUGGCUCGUACGUUGGUUUGCGUGCAGCCAGCAGCAUCAGCCUGGUUGAUCAGGCUCUGAUCCACCAGGAGGCCUGGUCACAGACCGGGCCGUGGGGGCGUUGACCCCCGGAACUCUCUCCAGAUACCAGAUACCAUUAGGACUUCAGGUAUGAAGUCCAUAUCUGGGGUUACUUCCCUUCUUCUUUUAAUGCCACUGGGACCAGCUUGAGAGUCACUGGACCCCUGUCGCACAAAAUAUCUGUCCAGAGAGAUCUGUUUCUGGCAUUUCUUUAAGAUUUGUCUGAAGUGGGACACAACACUGUCAUUGUACAUGUUGCCAAUAUGGCCUGCAACAGGUUUGUUAGGGUGAAGUUCAUCCAUAAAUGUUUGCACUUCAGUCCACUUUCCACAAAUGUCCUUAAUCUUUGAAGAAGGCACCUUCCUCCAUCUCCCUCCUCCUCUGCAGCAGUUUCCUGAGCUGUGAUCUGUUGCUGUUGCAGAUGAAGCUCUUGCAGCUCUUCAGUGGUUAGCUCUUUCCUGUGGUCCUCCACCAACUCUUCCACAUCCUCACCACUCAUCUCCAACCCCAGGGACAUCCCCAAUGCCACAAUAGUUUACCCCAACUGGCAUAGGUUCCUUAGGGUCAGCCACAAACCCUUCAAAAUCCCUCUCUUGUACACAAUCUGGCCACAAAUUUCUCCAGGCAGAGUUCAAAGUCCUGGAAGUCACUCCCUCCCAAGACUUACCUAUAAGGUUUAUGCAAUGGAGGAUAUUAAAGUGAUCUUUCCAGAACUCUCUUAGGGUCAAUUCAGUGUCUGAGGUCACUUCAAAGCACUUUUGAAACACUACUUUGGUGUAGAGUUUUUUGAAGUUUGAAAUGACCUGCUGGUCCAUGGACUGGAGGAGAGAAGUGGUAUUAGAAGGCAAGAACUUCACCGUGAUGAAACUAAACUCCUCCACUAUUUGCUCUUCCAAGUCUGGAGGAUGAGCAGGAGCAUUGUCCAUUACCAGGAGGCACUUGAGUGGCAAUUUAUUUUUCAGGAGGUAUUUCUUCACAUUGGGGCCAAACACUUCAUUAAACCAGUCUAGGAAAAUAUCCCUUGUGACCCAUGCCUUACUGUUAGCCUUUCACAUAUCACACAAAUUACUUUUGGUGACACUGUAUUUCUUGAACACUCUGGGAUUUUCAGAGUGAUACAUCAGUAAGGCUUCACUUUAAAAUCCCCACUAGCAUUUCUACAAAAUAUGAAAGUAAGCCUGUCUUUCAUAGGCUUGUGUCCUGGGAGUGCCGCUUCCUCCUGCGUGAUGCAGGUCCUCUUUGGCAUUUUCUUCCAGAAGAGGCCUGUUUCGUUACAAUUAAACACUUGUUGGGGUUUGAAUUCUCCAGUGUCUACACACUCCUUAAACUCCUGUACAAACUUCUCAGCUGCUUUUUUGUCAGAACUGGCUGCCUUAUCACACUGUGAAUGCCACUAUGCUUCUUAAAUCUCUCAAACCAACCUUUGCUGGCCUUAAAAUCACAAGCAUCACCACUUGUUGCAGGCAUGUUCUUUACAAGAUCGUCAUGCAACUGCCUUGCCUUUUCACAUAUUAUCGACUGCGUAACACUAUCUCCUGCUAACUGUUUUUUGGUAAUCCACACCAACAAUAACCUCUCCACUUCUUCGAGGAUUUGUGAUCUCCUUUUUGUCAGCAUAUCCACCCCUUUUGCAACAACAGCACACUUUAUUUCCUUUCCUUUCGCCACGAUCAAAGUGAUGGUUGAAUGGGGCUUGCCAUACAUCCUGGCAAGCUCUGUAACACGCACUCUACUCUCAUAUUCUUCAAUGAUUUCCUUCUUGAAUUCGAUCAUGUUCCUCACUUUCUUUACCAAAGGGCUUGCACUAGCUUUUUUUGGGUUCAUGGUGACUUAUUUAGCAGUUGUAAUCACAAAAAACAAUGGAUUAUUAUGUAUGAACCCGCGGGGUGAUGGUCACGUGUUGGUAAACAAUGGCACACUGAGCGUGAAUGGCAUGGGAGACGGGCUUUGUGUGCGUGGUGACGGGCAGACGGGUACCGGAUGGUCGCCGAAACACGAGUUUUUUCACGAAACUUGAGGCCAAAAUUUUCCAAAAAAAACUCGCCGAAGGUCGAAUUUCACGAAAGUCAAGGCUGCCAAAACUCGAGGGUCCACUGUACUAUGAUCCUGCAUCACCUCCUGCCCUGCAAUGCUGUAUGACCCUAGUGGGUUUAGCACUUUUUUAUUAUAAUACAAGCACAACCAUGGUUUCUGUAUAAUAAAUUGUCAAUGCCUCUUUUGAGUGACUUGAAACUUUCAGAUCUGGUGUAUCUUACAGAAAGGCUAUUUAUAUUAGUUAUUCCUGUAGUGAGACCUAUAAGUAGUUGCCUGAUUUUUUUUCUUCCUCUAAAGUUUUAUUUAUAAUUUGAGAACACCUUGUCCAGUCAGCUUCAAAUUUUCAGUGCUGAUUUAUUGCAAUGGAUAGGGGUUCAUGCAACUCUUGAUAUGUUCAGCUGCUUUCUCAUCAGUAUUGUUACAUAGACCAUUCCAGGAUUCUUAGAAUGUAUCCAAUAAUAUUAAAGAACCUCUUCUAAUUAGUUUCAAACACUUAACACUUUUGUAUCCUAUUUAGAAGAAAACUGAGUGUUAUUGAGGUGUGUAGCUGUACAUUUUGUCUGUCUUAUGAGUACAUUUAUGUGGAGUUUUUUUCCCCUUUAAAUCACAUAGAUUAUACUUGAGUAAAGUGUACCUCUCUGGAAUGGGUUCAGUUUUUUUGGUUGAUUCAUCUUAUGUACAGGAUAAUACCCAGUAAGCUUAGUAUGCAUAAAUACAAAUGUGUCAAUUAUAUUAACAUACAUGGUUAAAAAUAGGGAAUUUCAGUGGGGAAGAGUAAAUGGGGUUUUUAACCCUUUCAGGGUCCAAGACCAAAAUCUGAAGUGGUGCCCCAGUGUCCAAGAAUUUUCAAAAAAAAAUUGUUAUUUUUUCUUAUGAAAUGGUAGAGAAUCUUUUUGUGAAUGUAAUAAAACAAAAAGUACGAAAUUUGAUGGGGAAUUGACGAAAUUAUGCUCGCAUGAAUUUUGAUGUGUCAGCGAUAUUUACGAAUCGGCGAUUUUGCCGACUUUGACUCCCAUUUUAGGCCAAUUACAUUAUUCCAGUCGACCAAAUUCUUAACUAUUUCACUAGGAUUACUUCUAUUCUAUCGAUUGAGCACAAGAAAUCGCCAAGUCAACUGUUUCAACUACAAAAUAAAGUGACCGGAAAUUGGUAAUUUGGCCAAUUUAACACAAAGUUCAAAAUAUUCCAAUUUCAAAAUAGGGUCCAGAAUAAACAAUGUAGGUAUUCCUGGCACUAAACUAACAUUUCCUCUGUUCAUUAGUUACGUUUUGAGGCU